UGCAACUGUCAUUUGUUUUUUGUUGAUUUUUUCACUAGUAGAGUGUAAUGGACGUCUAGAAGGCGCAAGAACGGUCUUCUUUUCGUUUUUGAAUCGGAUUUUUAACAGUACUAAGGAUGUACAACGGAAUUGGCUUGACGACGCCGCGUGGCUCGGGAACAAACGGCUACGUGCAGCGGAAUUGGGCAGCCGUACGAGUUACGAAGGACAAGAUUCAGAUUUGCACUGAAUCGGACGUCGCAGCUUUCGAGGCCGCGUCCAACCGACAGCCGAAUAUUGAAAUUUUGGAGCAUGAGCGUAAACGGAAGUUGGAGAUCAAGUGCGCUGAACUUGAGGACGCUCUUGAGGAGCAGGGAUUCAGCCCCUCCGAGAUUGAAGGCAAAGUGGCAGCGUUGAGGCAGUUGUUGAGCGAAACAGGUGCUGCCCGGGAGUCCACAAAGCGCGACGAGUGGGGUCGGGAGGCCCCGACAGAGACGCACGAAAUUGCCAGCGCUCAGCAACGCAAAAACCAGCUGCUGAAAGAAGCAUUCGGGAUAUCGGACGACCACGUUCCGAUGCAUUCGGCGCCACCGGAGCCCGAAAAGGCCAAGCCAAAGGUGGCGCCAAAGGAACCUGUGCCCAGCCCACCCCGCAAUAAGCGGUACGGCCUGGUCAAGACUCCUUCCCCUGAGCCACAGGGCCGCAGGAAGAAGGACAAAAAGGACAAGGAGCGCAAAGAGAGGAAACGCUCGCGGUCUCCAGAACGUCCAAGGGACAGGUCAAGAGACCGGUCCAAGGAUGAGAGGUCCCGCAAAAAGGAUAAGAAACACAAGAAGCAUCGCAACAGGAGCAGGAGCCGAUAAACUGGGCCACAAGGACGAUUUGUAAAUAGUUCUGUAGCUUGUAAGCACUAAAACUUUAAGUAAGACCUAAGAUUACCCUACCAGCACUGAAAGUGAGGAAAAUAAAUAUAAUAUUAUUUCGUCGUCACAUCGGAAAA